ACUGGGCCGACUGCGCUACCUGGACCCCCGCGCAGACCCUGGCGGGGCGCGUUGUUUGGCCCGGCGGCAGCUGGGACGGGGGAGGGUGGGCUGACGCGCCCGGGCUGGGCGGUGCCGAGCCUGGGUUGGUCCUCCGGGCCCCGCCCCGGGGUGCAGGGUGACCUCGGGCCAGUCCUUGUUUGCUGCUCUGUGCUCUGGGCCUCAGCUUCCUCGCCAGAGACGCUCAAGGGUCAGACUCAGUGAUAAUAAUUGCCCCACGUGUAUUCAGCUAUCGCUGACUGCAUGCCAGGUCUCUGGCAGACUUCAAGGCAGCUAAAACUCAUAUCCAUGCUGUGAGCUCGGUGUUGUCACUGUGCCCAUCUGAACUGUGUCCAGAGAGGGGAAGUGACUUGCCCCCUGGUCACAAGGCUGCAAGUGAGAUUUGAACUGAGGCCUGCUGGCUUCAGACCAAAAUGUGUGGCUGGGUGGUGGGCAUGGCUGCUUAGGGAGGUCAAGGGGGGCGUCCUGGGUCCAGACCAUGGAAGAGCCACUGAGGAGACCCUCCUUCCUGCCUCGAUGCUGGGACUGCCAGGUGCAGGCCUGGCCCUCCGGGCCUCUGGGGACAGGCCGCCUGGCUGGGAGGCCUUCUCUGCAGGGGCGGAGUGGCUGGGCCAGCUGCUGAUCCCCUCCCUUUGCCUGUCCUUCCAUCUGCCAUCCUCCACCCUCCCAGACCCUGGUUGCCAUGGAACCUCAUUAAUCAGGCAGGCAGACCCCUGGGCCCCAGUGGAAGUACUGGGUGGGUUGGGCCUCUGGGAGCUGGAGAGGAGGCCCCCGGUGCCAGGAGAGAGUAAAUGCCCCAGGGAGGUGCCUUGAUAAAGUGCUCCCUGAGCAGCAAGAGGCUCAAGACAGUUCAGACUAGGGGGCCCAAAAGAAGCGGCUGAAUUACAGGGGGAGAAGGGAGUGGAGCCCUGGAGCUUGGCCCUGUGGGCUCCAGGACAGGGUGUGGAGACCAGUUUGACUGGCACAACCUGUGGGUGAAGGUGAGGCAUGGAUGGGCAGGAUGGGGUCUCCGCAUAGGGCUUGGAGCAAGUUGUGGGAGGAGGCAGGGCCCAGGGCAAGGUGGUGGAAGCCGCCCAACUGCUCAUGGCCUGGGUGGCAGCUGGUCCCUGAGGCAUCCCGGCAAGGUUCCCCCAACCCCCUUGGCCCCUUGCCCAGUGUGGCCUUCCUUCCGGAAUCACCGAGAUGCUAAUAAUAACAAUAGCAGGCACCAUUGUUUUGAGACUGUAUUGUGUAUUAGGCGCUGUGCCAAGCACUUUACCCAAUUAACUCAUUUCACCCUUUCAACAACCUUCCCCUUUUACAGAUAGGGAAGCUGAGGCAUAGAGAUGUUAGAACAUUCCCUAGUAAGUCAGCUAGUGAGUGCUGGGACCCAUCCAGAUUUCCUGAGUGGUUAACUGCUGGGAUGCCUUGCAUACUGGAGAUGCUAAUAGAGGUUGAAGGAAGCCCAGGGUCCCUUCCUCCUAAUGAGUGAGACGGAGGGAAGUUGUACCAGGGGUGGGCCACCUGGCUCGUCUCCUGUACCCCAGCAACCUGUCCCUGUGGGUACCGACUUGGAGCCUGGACAAGUAGCCUCCAGUUUAGCUGAUUGACAGGUACCUAGCAGGCCCAGGGCUGUGGGUCCUGCCCUUGGGGAACUGAGCUUCAGGCUCAGAGGGACAGCCAGGGACUGGGCUGAGGACGUAUGCCCUCUCCUCCACCCCCAGUGGUGUCAGGGGCAGCCUCAUUGGGCCUGAGCAUUCCAUUCAUUCAGCAGUUGUUAGUGAGCACCUAUGAGGUUCUAGGCACAGGCAAGUAAGGAGCCUCUGCCCUCACAGUACUUAAGAGCCAGUAGAUGUUUUCUGCCGUGGGCAGGGGUGAGGGCUGGUGCGGUCUUGGAGCUGAAGUCCAGAAACAUAGGCCCAGCUUUUGCCAUCCAACACCCCCUAACAUUGUACCUGUGGGUAGCCACUGGCCAUCUGAGCUGUGGCCUCCACUGACCCCCUGCUCUAGCAUUUGUUUGGGGCAGUCCUUGAAACAAGUGACAGGCUCAGCUUCUGCACGAGUGAGCAUUCAUUGAGUACCUCCUGCAUACAAGUCUCUGUGCAAUUCAGCCAUUCCUCCUGGCCCUUCCUGUCCACCUCUACCCUGUUGUCAUGGCUGUUAAAAAACAAACUAAAUAUAAUACACAUUUACUAUAGAAAAAGAGUUAAAAGGCUAGAAAGUUGAGGGGGACAAGAUCCCAGCCCCAUCCAUUUUUCCUUUUUUCUCCUCCUGAGCCUGCUUUUGUUUUUAAGGCUGUUAUGACAACUUUCUAAAGUUUUAGAAAUUGACGUUUUUCCUUUAUGUCCGUGUUCCAGCAGCACAUCAUCCACACUUUAGAGAUAAGGCAACAUGGCCCUCGUGUUCCUCCCUCCCAUACAGAGGUCACCCCUGAAAUGGAUUCUGUAGUAAUAGAAACUGAACCAGAGAAAAUGGUUUCAUGAGCUGUCAAUAUGUCUUUGGGAGGCUUCUGUAUCAGCCUGCCUCAGUCCGUCUUGACAGCAGCGUGGUAUUCCAGAGGCUGGAUGAACCAGUUUUUGUGUCCCCUCCCAUGGGUAGGUGUUUGAGUCAUCCAGAUUUUUUCACCAGUGUUUUGUUUGUCUUCACCCCUGCCUUUUGGGCCCCUGUGCCUGCAUCUCUAGAGAGCAGCAGCAGAAAUGGGCGUCCAUCUGCUUGAGCCCUUGUUUUAGAGUGUGGCAUUGAUCUGCCUUCAGGGUGGGCACCCCUUUGGGGAGCAGGAAGGAGGCAAGGGGUGCCGUUGGCUGGAGCAUACUAGGGUUCAGGCCCUAGGGGCAAGGCUGGAGAGGGGGUACAUUCUGGUUCGGCUUUAGGGAGCCUGGCUUCCGGACUAGCCUCUGCCCAGCCCACUAAGGUUUAGAUCCUGACUCCACCUCUCACUAUGUGACCUCUCCGAGGUGCAGGCUCCUCAGGAAGUGGAAGUCCUCAGAGCACCUGCUGCGAGAUGGUUGGAGGGUUUGAUGAUCGCACGCAGGUGAAGCGGAGGCUGGACUUGGAAACUGACCAUCAGUACCUGGCCGAGAGCAGUGGGCCAGCUCGGGGCAGAGGCCGCCACCCAGGAAAAGGUGUGAAAUCCCCAGGGGAGAAGUCACGCUAUGAAACAUCGCUGAAUCUGACUACCAAGCGCUUCCUGGAGUUGCUGAGCCGCUCGGCCGAUGGUGUCGUCGACCUGAACUGGGCAGCUGAGGUGCUGAAGGUGCAGAAACGGCGCAUCUAUGACAUCACCAACGUCCUUGAGGGCAUCCAGCUCAUCGCCAAGAAGUCCAAGAACCACAUCCAGUGGCUAGGCAGCCAUGCAGCAGUGGGGAUCGGUGGGCGGCUUGAAGGAUUGACCCAGGACCUCCAGCAACUGCAGGAAAGCGAGCGGCAGCUGGACCACCUGAUCCACAUGUGUACCACGCAGCUGCGUCUGCUUUCCGAGGAUGCUGACAGCCAGCGCCUGGCCUACGUGACCUGCCAGGACCUUCGUAGCAUUGCGGACCCUGCAGAACAGAUGGUUAUGGUGAUCAAGGCCCCUCCCGAGACCCAGCUUCAAGCCGUGGACUCCUCAGAGACCUUUCAGAUCUCCCUUAAGAGCAAACAAGGCCCCAUCGAUGUUUUCCUGUGCCCUGAGGAGAGUGCGGGCGGGAUCAGCCCCGGGAAGACCUCGUCCCAGGGUGCAGCUUCUGGGGAGGAGGACAGGGCAGCUGACCCUGCCACCACAGUGCCACCACCGCCAUCAUCUCCCCCCUCAUCCCCAGCCACGGAUCCCAGUCAGUCCCUGCUAAGCCUGGAGCAAGAACCUCUGCUUUCCCGGAUGGGCAGCCUGCGGGCCCCCAUGGAAGAGGACCGCCUGUCCCCACUGGUGGCGGCUGACUCGCUCCUGGAGCACGUGCGGGAGGACUUCGCCAGCCUCCUCCCCGAGGAGUUCAUCAGCCUGUCCCCCCCGCACGAGGCCCUCGACUACCACUUCGGCCUUGAGGAGGGCGAGGGCAUCAGAGACCUCUUCGACUGUGACUUUGGGGACCUCACUCCCCUGGAUUUCUGACGGGGCUUAGGGGGACCAGGGCCUCCUGGGAUGCCCACCCUGUCUCUGUAGCCCUGGAGCCCCCUGCCCCUGGCCGUCCUCCUAGUCCAAUUGGAAACGUUUAAUUUAUACCCCUCUCCCCUACCUCCAGAAGCUUCUAGCUCUGGAGUCUGGCUACUGCCAGGAGGCUGAGCAAGCCAGGAAGGGAAGGAUUCUGUUUGUGGUGUGUAUGUGCAUGCACCCAACACCCGACACGUGUGUACACGGGGUGAGUGGUGUGUGAGCAUGUGUGUGUGCAUGUACCGGGGAAUGAAGGUGAACACAUCUGUGUGUGCACUGAAAACACGCCCCAGUGUGUCCACGUGUGUGUGCAUGAGCCCAUGUGUGCGCAUGGCGGGGGCUCUAACUGCACUUUUGGUCUCCUUGCUCCAGGGGCCCCGCGAGGCCCAGGGUGGCCACCUGCCCCCAGAAUCCUGUGUGCUGACCAGGCCGGGUGGCGAGGCCUUGGCCUGCUCGUUUGCAGGACCGCGAGAGCACUUCUGUCGUCUUAAAGGUUUUUCUGAU